AUGCAUCAGUAUCUUUGCAUAUUAUAGGGCAAGCUUGUGCACCCAAACUUCAGUGCAGAAUCCAUGGCAAAGAUCACUAAGAGACUCUGCACGCUAGUUCUACGGCUGAUGGCCGUCGGUGCUACCCUUUUGGCUGCAAUUGUCAUGGUUACAAGCCAUCAGAGAACCAGCAUCUUUGGAAUAUCUUUUGAAGUCAAGUAUAACCAUACUCCAGCCUUCCAGUACUUUGUGAUCGCAAAUGCGAUUGCAACCGUAUACGGCUUUCUGGUUAUUUUUCUUCCUUCUGAGAGUCAGCUAUGGAGAUUAGUCGUGGCUUUGGAUGUGGUAAUCACUGUACUACUGAGCACAAGCAUUUCAGCAGCCUUGGCUAUUGGUACUCUGGGGAAGAAUGGAAAUUCAUAUGCGGGUUGGCUACCCAUAUGUGGACAAGUCCCAAAAUACUGUGACCAAGUAAAGGGAGCCCUAAUCUCAAGCUUUGUUGGCCUCAUCAUAUAUGUCCUGCUGCUUCUGUAUGCCAUCCACACUGUCCUCGAUCCUCUCCUCUUGCGAAAAACUUAGACCUUCUCAACGAGUAAAAUGGUCUUGCUGGAUCUCAUCAGUUUUGUCUAUCCAGUGCAUAUGUAAUUACUUUGUUCUUUGGGUUAUUUAAUUACUGUACGCACUCUCAAGUUUGGGUGAAAUAGGAACACCAUACUUUAUUUAAAAUAUUCAAUGUCAUACACAAAUCAUGUUUUAGUUGCAAUGUCAUAUUUUCGUCAAAUAAUAUUUAGCCAUUGAGUGAUGACAUAAUAAUUACUGAUUCCACAUAUUUGCUGAUGUAACUUUAAAUUUGUGUGGUUAUCUACUAAUAUGUAAUUAGUUAGUACCCUUUCUUUGUAAAUCACAUGCUUAUAAAUGGGCACUCUAUAAC